UUUGUGUCAAGGGAAGCUCUAGCCACACUCCUGAAGGGCUGAACGCGCGGUGGUCUGCUCACCCCUUUUUUCACCCCUACAAGCUGUGAGAAUACAUAGAUAGCACGCUGCUUUUAAUACAAAUUGCGCACGUCGCCCAGCUGUAUCGGGACGAUCGCUUCCUUCCCUUCUUUAUCUUGUCUCUUCCUUCUCGCCGUUCACUAUAUGGGACGUUAGGCAUUUGUCUCAAUCCCGUAGCCACUCCUUUAACACCUUUGGCUUUUCUCCGCCAAACCCUUCUCCACAAAUAGCGCGAGUCGUUGGACCUGCUGCUAUUCCUGCCCUCGUGGCAUUUUAACGACAACUCCCCCCUUCCUUUCUGUUUCAACUGACCUGUUUCCGACUCCAUCGCAACAAUGGCGGCCAGGUAUCUGCGAUACAUCGUCUUUGCGAUUGUCGCACUUGUCGUCCUCUUCUUCAUUUCCAGCUCUUCAUCAGUCCCCGGACGCGAAUAUGCCCAGAGUGCCACAGACUUGCUUAAGGACUCGAGUUCAAGAUGGCGUGGCUCGCAAGAGUCCCACGGCGAUGUCAAGGAAUCUCACCCUGACCAGGGCACCACCCCCAACACCCACGCCGGUCUGCCUCCCGCAAAGGACCCCGGUCCUCGCAUGAACGCCACCUUCGUUACUCUUGCCCGCAACUCGGACGUUUGGGAGAUUGCUCGUUCCAUUCGCCAGGUCGAAGACCGCUUCAACAAGAAGUUCAACUACGACUGGGUCUUCCUGAACGACCAGCCCUUUGACGACCAAUUCAAGAAGGUCACUUCGGCCCUGACUUCCGGAAACACAAAGUAUGGCGAGAUCCCCAAGGAGCACUGGUCUUUCCCCGAGUGGAUUGACCAGGACAAGGCUGCCAAGGUGCGCGCCGACAUGGCUGCCAGAAAGAUCAUCUACGGAGACUCGAUCAGUUACAGACACAUGUGUCGUUACGAGUCCGGCUUCUUCUUCCGUCACCCCUUGAUGCUCGAUUACGAAUGGUACUGGCGCGUUGAGCCCAGCAUUGAGCUCUUCUGCGACAUUGAGUACGACACUUUCAAGUUCAUGGCCGACAACAAGAAGAAGUACAGUUUCACCCUUUCCCUGUACGAAUAUGUCGAGACUAUUCCCACCUUGUGGGAGAGCACCAAGAAGUGGAUGAAGAACCACCCCGAGCACAUUGUCGAGGGUAACUCCAUGGGCUUCCUUUCUGACGACGGUGGUGACACUUACAACCACUGCCAUUUCUGGUCCAACUUCGAAAUCGGCAACCUCGACUGGCUCCGCAGCCCCGCCUACCUCGAUUACUUCGACGCCCUCGACAAGGACGGCGGUUUCUUCUACGAGCGCUGGGGAGAUGCCCCCGUCCACUCCAUCGCAGCCGGCCUGACACUCAAGAAGGAGGAAAUCCACUUCUUCAACGACAUUGCCUACUACCACGUCCCCUUCACCCACUGCCCCACAGGCGAGCAGUACAGAAUGGACCACAAAUGCCACUGCAACCCCAAGGACAACUUCGACUGGAACGGCUACUCAUGUACCGCACGUUACUACGAACUCAACAACUUGGACAAGCCUGCGGGCUGGGAGCAAGAGAACAACUGACUCUCCAAGAAACGCUUGUCAUGGCCCAUCAUCCUCCUCAUCGUCCUCUCCGUCCUCGUCGGCUGCUUUAUCCUCCUCCUCUCCAUCCGCCCCAUCCUCAAUCUCGUACACUCUAUGCGAAACAAGCGCUCCCGCUACGAGCCGCUUGGCCCUCAUCACAUGUCCUCGCCGCAGCGAAGAGAGAUGAUCAAAAACAUUUAUUAAGAGAUUGCGAACGGGAUAAAUGGAGAUUACCGGAUUUUCUUCCUUUCUUGCAUGAGUAGUUUUUAUUUCUUCUCUGACUUAGUUUUUUUUGGGUUGGUGGAUGGGACGGGGAGUACCAAUUUGGGAGUGUGUAGGAAUACAAAAGGCACAGAGGAUGGCGUUUUCACAUGAUGAGGGCACAGUUGCUGUCCAUGGCGAUGCAUGCCUUUUUUUGCACCCAG